GGUAAAGUUCACGGUUCAUUAGCUCGUGCUGGUAAAGUUAAAUCUCAAACUCCAAAGGUUGACAAGCAAGAAAAACCAAAGAAACCAAAGGGUCGUGCUUACAAGAGAAUGUUGUACAACAGAAGAUUUGUCAAUGUCACUUUGACCAAUGGUAAGAGAAAGAUGAAUCCAUCUCCUUCCGCCUAG